UAAACCUCGAUAAACCUUUUCCAGUCACGACCACCACUCAAACCUUCAGGCUAAAAACUUCGUUGGAGACGGAGAUAAGGCGUCGCCGCUGUGAUUUGAGAAAAGAUGGGUCGCUUUGCUCUUUGAUGUCGAUCGAAUUUAAGAGGAAGAGCUCUAUCUGUUCUUCGACUCCAGCGUUGUCUUUCCCCUGUUGAAGGUUUUAAACUGCUCUCGGUCUUGGUUUUAGCUCUUGGUUGGCCUUUGGUUUCAGUUGAUGCUUGGCCUUUGUUUCAAUUUUGUGCAUGGUUUCAGCUUGCUCUCGGCCUUUGGUUGGUCAGCUAUGGUUGGUCUUUGGUUGGUCAGCUAUGGUUGGCCUUUGGUUUCAGUUGAUGCUUGGCCUUAUUUUCAAUUUUGUGCAGAACUCGUGACUUAGAAACCACUUGGACGACAAAUCAAAAAUUUCAAGUUUCAGAGAGGCACUCAUGGCCUCAUUCUGUUUUCGAGGCAUCAGAACCAACCAAGUGUUCCUAUACCCAUUAGCUCUCUUUUCGAGGAAACGCGGUGCUGUAUUUUGCACUGUACAAAGCCCACAGACUGAGAUUAAAACACAGUCAGAGAGCCUAAAACCCCAAAAAGAAGCAAAGAUUUCUUCUCAAAUCGAAACUAGAAAGCGACAAGAGCAGAAUGCACAUGGAUUUGAGGCAGUCAUUGGUAUCGAGACUCAUGUACAGUUAUCCACUCUUACCAAGGCCUUUUGCGGCUGCCCUUAUCUCUACGGGUCACAACCUAAUACUACUAUAUGUCCUAUAUGCAUGGGUCUUCCGGGGACUCUGCCAGUUGUAAACUCAAAGGUUGUAGAAUUUGCGGUGAAAUUGGGUCUUGCACUGAACUGCAAACUUUCAAUGUCAUCGAAGUUUGAUAGGAAGCAAUACUUCUAUCCUGACCUCCCAAAGGGUUAUCAAAUAUCACAGUUUGAUAUACCGAUAGCAAGCGAAGGAUUCAUCGAUUUGGAUCUUCCUGUAGAGUUUGGUGGUGGGCAUCGAAGAUUUGGGAUAACCAGAGUUCACAUGGAAGAAGAUGCAGGAAAGUUGCUUCAUUCAGACUCUGGGAGUUACUCGCAGGUUGACCUCAAUAGAGCAGGAGUGCCUUUGCUGGAGAUUGUUUCUGAGCCUGAUAUGAGAACAGGACUUGAGGCUGCAGAGUAUGCCUCUGAAAUACAGAGGCUUGUCAGAUAUUUGGGGAUAAGUAACGGGAACAUGCAGGAAGGAUCUCUUCGUUGUGAUGUGAAUGUUUCUGUCCGACCAAUUGGGCAGUCAAAAUUUGGAACAAAGGUUGAAAUAAAGAACAUGAAUUCAUUUUCUGCAAUGAACAGGGCUAUUGAUUAUGAGAUUUCCAGACAGAUUCUUCUUCACAGUGAAGGUCAAAGUGAUCAAAUUGUACAAGAAACUCGACUUUGGGAGGAUGGUGCUCAGAAAACUUUUACUAUGCGGAAAAAAGAAGGGCUCGCCGACUAUAGAUACUUUCCUGAACCCGACCUUCCUGAAGUUGUUCUCACAGAAGAUUAUGUUGACAAUAUUAGAAAAUCAUUACCAGAGCUUCCGGAAGCAAAGCGCCGGCGUUAUGAAAAUAUGGGCCUUAGCAUGCAAGAUGUCCUCUUCCUUGCUAAUGAUGUCAAUGUUGCAGAUUUUUUUGAUUCUGCUUUGCAAAAUGGUGCUGAUGUGAAGUUGGCUGCCAAUUGGAUUAUGGGUGAUAUUGCAGCUUAUCUUAAGAAUGAAAAGCUCUCAAUAAAUGAGAUCAAACUCACUCCAAAAGAGCUUGCUGAGCUCAUAGCUUCAAUAAAAGAUGGAACCAUCAGUGGAAAAAUUGGGAAGGAGAUACUUAUUGAGCUUAUAGCCAAAGGUGGAACUGUCAAAUCAUUGAUAAAGGAAAACGAUCUAGUUCAGAUAGUAGAUCCAACUGCAAUUGGAGCUUUAAUAGAUAAAGUUCUUGCAAACAAUCCGAAGCAACUUGAACAAUAUCGAGGAGGCAAAACUAAGCUGCAGGGCUACUUCGCUGGCCAAGUAAUGAAGGAAUCAAAGGGUAAGGCAAAUCCAAAGCUUCUGAACAAAAUUCUCUUGGAAAAGCUAAAUGCUGAUGGCUGAUGGUUAUGGAGCAACGAGGAUACCGUUUCGCUGCCAGUUAUGGAAGCUUGCGCAAAAAGCGAGAAGCAUGAGCAUGCAGUUGAUAUGUUAUUUGGCAUUUCGGACUUUGGAGCGCGAAAUUGCCAAUACACCCUCAUUUGUACUUCACAACCUCAUUUUCUUCUCUGCGUGCAAGGAAUGGAUAUUGAUGAUGAAUACGCAACUUUUUUUGAGAAAGAUGAGCAAGUAAUAUUAUAGGUUUACAUGCAGGCUGCUUUGUACUCUUCCUUCAAUAAGAGGAACUAUAAAUAAAUAUGUAUCAUUACAUUAUUUAUUAAAAUGAGUAUCAAGCUUUCCUCUUUGAUUCAGAAUCA